AUGUCUUUAGAGGCUGGCUUGUCUUAUGACAAAAACAAAGAUAAAAUUAAUGGGUUAGUAGAGCUUGGCGAGAGAAAAAAUGAUUUCGCUGAUCAUGCCCUCGUGUUUAUGUUGAGAGCAGCUGUCCACAAGUGGCAGCAGCCAAUAGCCUUUUAUUUUUGCCAAGGCGCUACUAAAGGCACAGAAUUAAAAAGUAUACUCGUGGAUAUUAUCACAGCGGUUGUAGGAUGCGGGUUAAAGCCGAUAUCCCUUAUUUGCGACCAAGGGUCAGCUUUCCAAGCGGCUCUAAAUUGCCUGAAGGCUGACACAGCGCGUGACCAAUUACUGACAAAUCAGGAACCAGAUGGCACAGUAACAAUAAACGAAGUCAAACUGAUGGUUAUAUUCGACCCUCCUCAUCUUAUUAAAGGAUUGAGAAAUAAUUUUUUGAAUAAAGACAUUUCCUUUGAAGGAAAAUUAUCCACAUGGAGAGACAUCGUGGAUGUAUACGAAACGGACUGCAAUAAUAUGGAAACAAGAAUGCUGCAUAAGUUAAAUGACCAGCAUGUGAUACCUGAAAAAAUUAAAAAGAUGAAGGUCAAGAACUGUGUAAAAGUAUUUAGUUACACACUGUCUUCGGCUCUAUCUUACACAGCCAACUUCUCUCACUAUGCGGACGGCAGACCUGUGAGUGAAACAUUAAGAAACACUGCUGAAACAGUUUUGUUCUUUGAUAAAUUGUUUGAUAGCAUCAACGGAUCAGCAACCUAUUCACAAAAGAAAGGAAAAGAGCUACGCUGUGCAGUGACAGAAAAAUCUAAGCACCAUGAAUUUUGGCCGGAGAGCAUCGAGAAACUGGAAAAAAUUAAAUAUGUAGAUUCCAAGGGAAAUCCGAAAUCCGUGCCUUCCUUAAAAAACUUUAUUGCCACGGUAAAAACAUUCAUGAAGCUGUGGCAGUUUUUUAAGAGCAAAAAUAUGACAAUAAUGCGCCCAAGGUUCUUCAAUUCAGAUCCAAUUGAAAACUUCUUUGGCCAAGUCAGGGCCUAUAAUUAUAGGAACAACGACCCCAACUGCCACAGUUUCAAGAACACCUUUAAAUCAUUAUUGAUUACUAGAAUGAUAAAGUUUCAUGGUGACGCUUAUAAUUGUGAGGAUGACUCGGCAGACCAAAUAAUUAAUUUAAAAUCAUUAUUUGAAGAUAGUGAAACUGCUAGGGUCGAGCCGGGUCAUCCCAAAGUAGGAGAUGUAGAAGAUACUGUAGAAGAGGCCCAACGGGAGCAACUAAAUGUUCUCCAUUCGCGAGCGUACACUGCUGGAUGGGUGGUAACAAAAACAAUGCAGAAAUAUAAUAAUCAAUGUGACAGUUGCAGAAAAAGCCUUACUACUAAAGAAGGCGCAAUCCACAAAUGGAUUCAUCAAAGAGAGUAUGAUGCCGCCACGAAACGCCUUACUUACCCAUCCAGAGGUGCUGUUCGGUGUUUCGGUACAAUUAUUAAAGAAACAAACGGAUUCUUGGAACACCGAGCCCAUGAAUUAAAUCUGACGGCCAAAAUUAUGGAAAAAAUUUUGUUCAACAAUCCAUUUAGUUUCUUUAAAUGUACCACACACCGUGAAAUUUUGUCAUAUUUUAUUUCCGUGACAGUAAAGUUCUCGAUUACAAAUUGGUGCAAUAACAUUAAUAAAAUAUUAAAAGGAACGGAUAUUGUGCGGAUAAAAAACCGCACUUUGCCUGCGAUGCAGCAGAAAGCUUUUUUUAAAAUAUAA